GGAGGUGGGGGAAGAAGGAUUGAUUGGUAGUUAUGGGCCCACCAUCUUUAAUUUGAAUGCACUCCCAUUUCCCAAUUAUACCUCGCCCCUAGCUUCACCCAUUUCUAAGGAAUAUCCAAUUUACAAACAACACUGGGGACAAUAUAUCCUUGGAUGAGAAAAGAAACUCUAUGGCACAUUAUGAUUUCUGGAACACCAUGAAUUUUCCACGUAGUCUUAAACUGCUGGUUAAAGUAGGAGAGUUCAUCUUCAAUAAUCCACGUGAUCAAGACUUAGUUUAGUUAUCCAUGAAGAGAUGAUCGAAUGGCCAGUGGAAUUCAAAGAGUUAAGGCAUCAUCUCAAAAUUGAAUAUAUGCAUUAUAGCUUUAUCUGAACAGAGCCCCAAGAUGAGAUUGAGUUGGCACCCUAUUAAUCCAGCACUAAAUUCACGUUUUGAGUGCUACAUCUUGACUUUGUAUUAUAUAAUCUUAUUUUCACAUAUUCUAAGGCAGUGCCUCUGGGAAAAACAAGUUUAUAUAUGUGAUUGGGUUUUUUUGUUUUUAUUUUACCUUGGGUUUGAUUAGCCAUGAAGUAGUGAAGUGCUCACACUGAAUGGAGCUAAUGAACUGACUUUUUAAAUUUUAUAUUUAGUUAUCCUCCAUAUAUCACAAAAAAGUCUUAAUCAUGCAUGCUCCAAGACCCUAUAUUAACAUGCACUGGAAACACAGGUAGAUUCUGGAUUUCAGCCAUCUCUUUAUAGAUACCAUUCUCAUUUUUUUCCUUUGUUAUUUUGUCUAUCAAGAAGUCAUCACUGUUUUGUUUAGCUUCUGAAGGCACUGACCAUUGUCUCUUCUAACUUACCACAGUUAGUCAAUCCCAGGCAGUUUUACAGAUGAAUUUUUAAAGAAAAGAUAUUUUGCAUUUUUAAGAUGUCAUUAAAUGCCUGACAAAGGGGUGCUAUACCUGGACUGAAGAACCCAGAACUGGGUUAACCCCAAUUCCUGGUUCAUAACAAGCCUUCAUCCUUUGUUGCUGCUACACUUCUGUUUAUUUAUGUAGGUACUUGUAGUAAGGUGCCUAUUUAUCACGUGAUAAACGUAGGGCUUAAAAUCUUACAUGCAGUCAAGUAUGGGGGCAUAAUAAAAACAUCCUCAGACAUAUAAGGUGUCAAAAUCCUUGUGAUACAGUGACCUGCAUUGAAAGUAUUUUUGAAUAAAGUAGCAAAAAAAGGAGGGAAACACUCAAGGAUGUUUUCAGUGAUGUAUGAGAUACAAGUGACCAGAUACUUUGCUAAAAUUUUGAUUGUAUGUGUAACCAGUAAAAAUAAAGGAAAAUAUCAGUGGUAACAUAUACCUAGAAAGCUUGAUAAUAUCAAAAGGAUGGAGCUAGGAAAACACCAGAAAUUGAAAUAGAACUUCUAAGUUCUCACUUAUUAGAGAAGAAGUAUAGAUAGCCACUCCAAGCUGCUCUUAAUGUGCAAAACGAUGGCCGAUGCCUCCCUCUUUCCCGUCAGACUCCUCCAUCUGUGUGCAGCCAGAGCUGUGGUCCAGGAUUCAGGAAAAUUCCAGAGGAAGGAAGGCCAUUCUGCUGCUUUACUUGUGUUAUUUGCCCCGAACAGGAGAUUUCAAAUUGGACAGGUAUGCAUAUUUACGACUGCCCUCCAAUAACCCCAGCCCUCUCACCAUUCUCGCCAUGAAAAGGAAAGGAGAGGGAAGUAGCAAUGAGUCCUAGGCUAUCAUUGUUUCCCAUUCAUUCUUGCACUCAUUCAUUCAGCGUACUUACUUUUAUAUCUAAUAUUGCUACCUCAUCAUGGGAAAGGAGUACAGCUUUUGUAUACUACUGAAACAAAGUUGGCAUUAAUUCAGACUAGAUUGUUAUAAAAUUAAGAUGAUAAUUGUAAGAUUCAUGGUCACUAUAAGGAAAAGACUAAAAUAUAGACAGAAAAAUACACAAGAGGAAAUCAAAAUCGUCUAUAAGAUAAAAAAUCAAUUAAUCAUAGUUAUAUAAAUACAUAUUUUGUGUACAUAUAGUCAUAAAACAUGCUGAAAAAUGUAUAAGAGGGAAUCAAAACAGUACAAAAGAAAAAAUCAAUUAAUCAUAAAAAAGACCAUAAUGGAGGAAUUCAGGAACAAAAAGCAUGAGAUAAACAAAUUGCAGAACUCAGUCUUCCUUUAUCAGUAAUUUUUUUCAAUAUAAAUUGGUUAAACCCUCAAAUUAAAAGGCAGAGAUUGGCCUAAUUGACUGAACAUAGACUGUAAGUCAAAAAUCAUUACAACAAAGAAGAAAAUUAUAUAUUGAUAACAUGUCAAAAGUUACACCCCUUGUUUUUAAAACAGAAAUGUCAGAAGGCAUAAUUGGAUGCCUCCAUGACAUACCUCCUUCAUACCUUCCCACCAAAUCCUGAAGAAUGUUCUGAUAUCCAUCCCUCUACCCCAUAACUCAUGAGUCUUGGAAGAAGUCAACCCAAAGUUUAGAAAUAGCCAUGGUUCCUAUUGGUCAACAUGAAUUCCCAGCACCUUAACCAGUAAUUGAUUAAUGCAAAAUAAAAUAAAAUAAAGGGAGGGUGAUCCUUUAUGACUAGAAACUUCAAGAGGAGCUGACUAAAUUGUUUUGGGAAAUAUCAUCCUCACACUUCAGAGAGCUACAUGAAGCUUCUUUCCCUCUCUGAGUGAGAAUAAAGAAACUUUUAGCCCUAAUUCCUCCAUGAAAAUACGGUAAACCAGGGCAGUGCAAGACAUCAUGAGGAAUACAGUGGGGACAGCAGAGAAAAGUAUUAGUAGGAAUCUAGAGCUUAGCAAUAUCACUGAACCACAGGAUACUCCAAACUAGAUCCUCCAUGUGCUGAAGAUCCAUUUGGAUUGGGUUUUGUCUUACGUGCAGCUGAAAGCAUUCUCUCUGGGUCAGGAAUGGAGAGUCUUAAUCUGGUGUGUCUGAGUAUUACACCUAAGGAGGUCAGUGUCCACAAUGAAGGCAAAGGUAAACAUGGUAAAAUGAAGAACCUCUGAAACUGAAAAAAAUGAGUCUUCAUUUUUUUUUCUCCAGAUGUGGAGCAGUGUGUCCAGUGCUCAUCCCAUGAGUUUCCAGUGAGAGAAAUCAAUGCCUCCCAAAGGUUGUGACCGUCCUAUCCUUUAAGGAUUCUUUGGGGAUGGCUCUGGCCUGCACAGCCUUGUGCUUCUCUGUUGUCACAGCUGUGGUUCUGUGGGUCUUUGUGAAGCACCGAGACACUCCCACAGUCAAGGCCAACAACAGGGCUCUCAGCUAUAUCCUGCUCCUCACCCUCCUCCUGUGCUUCCUCUGCUCCUUACUCUUCACCAGCCAUCCCAACACAGCCACUCGCAUCCUCCGACAAAUUACAUCUGGAGUUGUGUUCACUGUGGGUUCCACUGUUUUGGCCAAAACCACUACUGUGAUUCUGGCAUUCAAGGCCAUGAAACCAGGAAGAACCAUGCAGCGGUUGCUGGUUUUAGGGGCUUCUAACUCUGUGGUUCCCAUUUACUCCCUGAUCCAAAUGAUCAUCUGUGGGAUCUGGCUGGGAACUCUCCCCUUCAUUGACAUACACACUGAGCCCAGAAACCUCAUCACUGUGUGCAACAAGGGCUCAGUCACUGCCUUCUACUGUGUCCUGGGAUACCUGGGCUCCUUGGCAGUGGGGACUUUUUCCUUGGCUUACCUGGCCAGGGACCUGCCUGAGACCUUCAGUGAAGCCAAGUUCUUCACAUUCAGUAUGCUGGUGUUCUGCAGUGUCUGGGUCACCUUCCUCCCUGUCUACCACAGCACAAGGGGAACCAUGGUGGCCGUGGAGAUCUUCUCCAUCUUAACCUCCAGUGCAGGGCUACUAGGCUGCAUCUUUGCCCCAAAGUGCUACAGUAUCCUGAAGAAGCCUGAGAAGAAUGCUUUAGAAGGUCUAAUGAAUAAAAGAGAUUUCAGGGGAAACAGGUCUUCUAAGGAUUUAUGUCUUAAGUCUCUCAGGUUUUUAGGCUUUUGCACAAUAAACCACCCUGACUUCGCAUACAGAUUUUACACAAUAACUGAAACUGCUUUCUUAAUUUACCAACAAGUUCUCUCUUCCUUCCCCUCCCCCCUUUUUUAGAGAGCCCUUGUGUAUAGCUACCCGCACCAAGUCAUGGCUCACAUAAGAAUGCUGUCUCAGAUUAACAUGCUAGUCCUGAAAUUAAUUUCUACAAACAUGCUAGUCCCGAAACUACUUUCUACAUUUUCUUUUACUUAAAGACACUAUAAACAUUCAAACUUGCAUGAAAUACUUAUGUUAUACGUGCUUUCUUUUCUGUUUCCUUCUGGUGCCUUUGGAAUACUUUAUUGCAAUUUUAGCUCUAUAUUUGGAUUUUUUCCCUACAUGCAAGACGUGAUUAGGCAUUUUUUUUUUUUACAAAAGUAUAAUCUAUUGUCCACAAACCUCUUACUAAAUCAUCAUUGUGCAACUGUUUUCCAAUGCUGUCUUUUAACACAUACUAAGUUUUCAUGUAUACAUGGAACUGUUCCUGGCUUCAGUGAUCUCUUCCAUCAAUUUACUGCUGCUGCUUCUUUUUUUUGAGAGGGUGGGGGUUAACAAUUAUUUUUAUCGUCUAGGGUGUUUUUGUUUGUUUUGUUGCUUUUAUUUUGCACCCAAAUACCAGAGAGAAUUUUUUUAUUGAAGUAAAAUACACAUGACGUAAAAUGAUCCGUUACAAAGGGAACGAAUCAGUGGCAUCUAGUGCACUCACCAUGUUCUGCAAUCACCACCUCUGUUUUGUUCUGCAACAUUUUCUUCAGUCCAAAAUAAUGUCCCUUUCCCAUUAAGCAAUUACUCUCCAUUUCUCCCUUUCUCAGCCCUUGACAACCACCAAUCCACUUUCUGUUCCUACAGAUUUACUUAAUCUGCAUAUUUCAUGUGAAUGCAUUCAUGCAAUGUUUAAUUUUUGGUUUGUUUCGUCUCACUUAAGGAGCCGUGGUGGCAUAGUGGUUAAAGCACUUGGCUGUUAACGAAAGGUAGGCGGUUCAAACCCA